CAGCGCAGGACACAGCUGGGUUCUGAAGCUUCUGAGUUCUGCAGCCUCACCUCUGAGAAAACCUCUUUUCCACCAACACCAUGAAGCUCUGUGUGACUGUCCUGUCUCUCCUCGUGCUAGUAGCUGCCUUCUGCUCUCCAGUGCUCUCAGCACCAAUGGGCUCAGACCCUCCCACCGCCUGCUGCUUUUCUUACACCGUGAGGAAGCUGCCUCGCAACUUUGUGGUCGAUUACUACGAGACCAGCAGCCUCUGCUCCCAGCCAGCUGUGGUCUAAAUCCAGUGGGUGGAAGUUACAGGGAGUCUGCUUCCAGUGCUGCUCCAGGAAGGAUCCCAUCCACCAGAGCUGCCCCACAUGGACCACGGUCAGGCAGAGGAAGAUGCCUACCACAGGCAAGGGAUAAAGCCAGAUGACCUCAAAGGUCCCGUGGGAUUCUAAUCUAUCUGCUCCUUUUUCUACAGAUUCCAAACCAAAAGAGGCAAGCAAGUGUGCGCUGACCCCAGUGAGACGUGGGUCCAGGAGUAUGUGUAUGACCUGGAACUGAACUGAGCCACUCAGAGGCAGGAAGUCUUCAGGGAAGGUCACCUGAUCCCGGAUGCUUCUCCAUGAGACACAUCUCCUCCAUACUCAGGACCCCUCUCCACAGUUCCUGUCCCUUCUCUUAAUUUAAUCUUUUUUAUGUGCCGUAUUAUUGUAUUAGGUGUUAUUUCCAUUAUUUGCAUUUGUUUAGCCAAAGGAUAAUUGUCCCCUAAGGGGAUGGUCCACUGUCACUGUUUCUCUGCUGUUGCAAAUACAUGGAUAACACCGUUAAUUCCAUGUGUUUUCAUAAUAAAACUUUGAAAUAAAAUGC